AUGGGCUCGAUUCAAGACAGCCAGAACCAACAUUCGAUGAUGGAUAGCCUCGAGUCUCGCGCGGCCAUCGAGUGCUUUGUCCAAAGUCUUCCCGCACAGGCCAAUAUACUUCUUGUGGGCCGUGACGCAUCCUUCACGCUGUCUAGAAAGCUUAAUGAGGCCGGCCAUCGUGUCCAUGGAAUUGAUACCGCGAGACCAGACGGCGAAAUUGCGAUGCACGAUAUUGGAAGCUUCCAGGGUGCUGAUAUGAGAGAGUACGCUACCAACAACCUGGACGCCAUUGUGGUUAUUUUCUCCAUGUACCAUCUCUCUGGCGCCGAGACAUAUUCCCAACUAUUCAAGUUUUCCGAAUGGCUCCGGCCUGGUGGCCAACUCUUCCUUGGAACCUCUGUGAUGGAUAAUUUGAGCCUGAAUCGCUGCCACGACUGCGUCGAUGAGCGGAUACGCUGCUUGCCCGUGAGAUUCCUGGGCAAGGAGAUCAAUGCGGCUACGAUACUCUCUAAGAAGGGCUGGGCCCACAUGGCCUUAGACGCAGGCUUGUCUGUUGAAAAGGAGGAUGAUAUCUCUCUGGGCCACGGCGAGGGUAUUUGCUUUAUUACUUUCUGCCGGACGGAGCAGCAGCACCCCCUCAUGGGACCCUUCCCCAUUCCUGCCUCCUACCGAGGCCCUCACCGUCUCAGCGAAGCAGCCUGGAGUCCUUUUGCCUCCCGUCUCGUACGGGACGAGUUUGAUUUCGUACUUGACGCGCUCAAGGGGAACCAGAAAGUGUUGGAUGUUGGGAGCGGAUAUGGAAAGCUCCCUCAAGAAGUCGCCGCUCGGACGGGCAGGGCAUACUCGAUCGAGCCGAAUCCUGAUCGAAACUCGAUCCAAGCAGCCAACGCGAAAAACGCGGGGAUCGAGCUGGCCCAGGGCACGGCAGAGAGCAUUCCCUUUGGAGACUCGAGCUUUGACGCCGUGGUUGCCAUGUGGGUGCUUCAUUACGUCGACGACCUGGAGAAAUCGUUACGGGAAAUGGCUCGCGUGGCAGACCAGUCCGCACCCAAUGCCCGGCUGGUGGUUGUGCAGGGCGCCCCAGACAACGAAAUUAUCCACUUCAUGAAUACUGUCUGCCCGCCCAUCAGCGCGACCAACGGCCAGCCCAAUCACCAGGGUUAUCUACUGCGCACAGCGGCCGAGGUGUUUGCCAAGUGUGGAUUCGGAGAUAUCUCCCUACAUAGAGUGGAUGCGUUCUGUGAAUUUCGCGAGGAGGAUCUGGAGGACAGAUGUGACAAGGCGGCCGAGGUAGUGGCGGGCCUGUGGUGUCUAGAUGAUGCCAACUUCAUGCAGAUGAAGCAGGCAUUGAUUCCUCGCUUGCGCUUUCACUUCCUGGACCGGCAGUAUGCGGUGGGGGACCAGGCAGUUGUUCUGGUGGCAAAGCCUUCACCCCUGUAG